CACACACACACACACACACACACACACACACACACUCACACAACGACCCCCAGCCACGCCACCGUCAUGACUUUCUACUACUAAUAAUAAUUUUCCAAUCGUUCGCGAGCAGGUGGAGCGAAAUGGGGCUACACUGAGGAGAAUGGCCCUAAAACCUGGCCGAAAAACUUCCCCCUCUGCGCCGGGUCGAGGCAGUCCCCCGUGGCCCUGAGUUCGAAAGAGGCCGUGGGCGAGUUCCCCUUCAUCCCCUUCACCUUCGAGAACUACAGGAAGAUCCCCGAGACCGCCAUUCUCCUCAACAACGGACACACAGCCAUGGUCAUGGUGGAGCAGCACGCGGAGCCGGCGGUGGUGGGCGGCGACCUGGAGGGCAAGUACAAGUUCCUGCAGCUCCACUUCCACUGGGGCAAGGUCACGACCGAGGGCUCCGAGCACACCAUCGACGGCAAGAGGUUCCCGGGCGAGGUUCACCUCGUCCACUUCAAAGAGAAAUACGGGACGGUGGCCGAGGCGUCUAACUUCGAGGACGGCAUCGCUGUGCUCGGCGUGAUGCUCGAGUCCUCCGUCGAGGACAACCCGGACCUCAACCCCAUCAUUGAGAACCUCGUCAAGAUCCGCAAGGCCGAGACCGAGACUGAAAUCCAUCCCUUCGCCCUACAAUCUCUACUGCCGAGGAACACCGAAGCCUUCUUCCGCUACCACGGGUCCCUCACCACCCCGACCUGCAACGAGAUCGUGGUGUGGACGGUCUUCAGGGACACCAUCCGUAUCUCCGCCAAGCAGCUCGCUCAGUUCAGGACACUCACGGACGAUCACGGCAACCUUCUGGUGGAGAACUUCCGACCCCUGCAACCCCUCAACGGACGGGAGGUCGAGAUUGGUCGCGCCAGGGCCUACUGGAGCUACAUCCCCCCCUUCGACCCCUACAACUGGCCCAAAAAUUACCCCACGUGUGGCUCCAAGAAGCGCCAGUCACCCGUCCCCCUCGAGACUAAGUCGGCCGUUGGCGAGUUCCCGAGGCUGACCUUGGGCUUCAAGAACUACGACGUCGUCCCUAAGGCCCAGACCCUCAUCAACACCGGUGAAGUCGCUCAAGUGCUAACGAUCUUCUCGGAGGGCGUUGUUGCCAGCAUCCAAGGUGGUGACCUCGAAGGGAAGUACCGGCUGCUGCAGUACCACAUUCACUGGGGAGGAUUGAGCAGCGUGGGGUCCGAGCACACCAUUGACGGCAAGAGAUUCUCGGCCGAGCUCCACUUGGUCCACUACAAGGCCAGUUACGGCACGGUGGCUGAGGCGAUCAAGUUCCCCAACGGCAUAGCGGUGUUGGGCAUCAUGCUGGAGAUUAGCAAGGAGGACAACCCCAAGCUGGCGCCCAUCAUUGAGAAGCUAUCGGAGGUCCACGAAGCCAAGGAGGAGGUUGAGAUCCACCCCUUCCCACUGAAGAACCUGCUGCCCGCCAACACCGACAGCUUCUUCCGCUACGAGGGCUCCCUUACCACCCCGACCUGCGACGAAGUGGUCAUCUGGACGGUGUUCAAGACCCCCAUCACCAUCUCCGAGAAGCAGCUUAACGAGUUGCGGAUGCUGCGGAACGAGGCGGGUCAGAUCCUGCAGAACAACUUCCGCCCUCUGCAGCCUCUCAGCGGGCGCGAGGUCGAGAUACAAAGUCUUAAACGUCACUGGUCCUACGUUGGUGAGACAGGGCCUGAACACUGGGCCGAGAUCUACCCCACGUGCAAGGGCAAUAGACAGUCUCCCGUGAACCUCGUAACCAGCAUAGCCGUCAAGCAGCAAUUCGCCUCCUUCUCCUUCGAGAACUACGAGGCGACGCCCACCACGAUGAAGAUCGCAAACAACGGCCACACAGCGCAGGUCAUGGCGGAGAGCACCAAGCCAGGCAUGAUCAUCGGCGGUGGUCUGGAGAAGUACACUUUCCUCCAGUUCCACUUCCACUGGGGAGCGGACAACUCCAAGGGCUCCGAGCACACCAUCGAUGGCAAGAGGUACCCGGCGGAGCUUCACAUGGUGCACUACCGGACCAGCUACGGCUCCGUGGCUGAGGCGGCCAACCACCCCGACGGCAUCGCUGUGCUGGGCAUCAUGCUCGAGAAGACCCAUGAAGACAACCCCAAGUUCAAGAAUAUCAUUGAGGGCCUCGCCAAAGUAGUGGAGCCGGAGACAGAGGGAGAGAUCGAGCCCUUCCCGCUUCAUAACCUGCUGCCGGCCAACACCAGGAACUUCUUCCGCUACGAGGGCUCCCUCACCACGCCCACCUGCAACGAGAUCGUGUUAUGGACGGUCUUCAAGGAACCCGUCAAGCUAUCCGAGAAACAGCUGGAGGAGUUCCGGAAGCUGAAGGACGAGUCGGGGCUGCCGCUGGUCAACAACUUCCGGCCAGUCCAAGACCUCGCGGGACGCACGCUGUACAUGACCUAGACGGGGGUGAGAGCGGCGGCGGAUGCAGCAUAAUGGAAGAGGAACAACCCUGGCCGGCGACUAUCCUGUACCAACAAAACAAUAAUAGGAGUUUACAAAUACACGUAGACUCGCCUGCUGCUCCACCACCACCACCACCAACAACAACAACAACAACAAUACCAUCACCACUGCAACUACACCCUCAGCCACUAUAAAUAAAGAGAGGAUUGUCCCAUACCCUCUAAAAGUAAAAUAAUUGUAACCUUAAUACUCCGUUCACGUUAACAUGGCAAGUAAGCUCCUCCCCUUUCCCCAGGUAAGCGUAUGUUAUUGGCUCAUCCACAAGCUAGCCACGCCCCUUCCGAAACAACUCUGCCAAUAAAAGAUACAUGCUAGAAGUGAAAUUAUGGCGAUAUAUACUGCAUUCACGUUAACUUGGCGAGUAAGCUCCUCCCCCUUCCCCAGCAAGCGUAUGUCAUUGGCUGAUUCACAAGCUAGCCACACCCCUUUCUCAAUAACUCAGACGAUGAUUAGAUAAAGGAUUGUCCCAUACCCUCCAAAAGUGAAGCUGCGAUGAUAUAUACUCCAUUUACGUUAACAUGGCGAAUAGGCUCCUCCCCUUUCCCCAGAAGCGCAUGUCAUAGGUUGAUUCGCAAGCUAGCCACGCCCCUUUCUCAAAUCAGGCUACAUGUGAUUGGUGGAUACUGGAAACGGUUAGAUCUUAUUGGCGGACGCUGGGUUGGGUUGGUGUGACUUAUUUUCCAGGUUACCGUGAAUGGGCUAUAGUGGAGUUUACAGUCACGUCUCCUCCCUUUCCCCUCUCCUAUCCAUCACAACACAACAGCUACCAUUCCCCAACCAGCCGGCGAUAUACUUUUCCAACCUUACACUGAUGCACCAAAGUCCCCCCUCUCUCAACACCCGCCCCUCCACCACGUCACGUAAGCUUCCGUAACACGUGUAAUGUCCGCACCUGCUUCAGUUUAGGCGCAGGGUGAACAAACGGAGAGGGGGAUUCGAACAUGGUACAGUCACUCAUGGAACAGUCGUCUACCCUCGAGAAAGUGACAGAUUGAAACAGGACGAAAACAUGGGUCAUUCGUAUGUUGGGAUAGGCGUGAGAUAGCAAUGGUUUUCGCUCUUUCGCUAUUCCAUCGAUCUCAAGGGUGUUCGAUGUUAUGUGACUGACUGUGCUUUUAAACAUAUACAUAACUGUCUGCACCUACUGUUCUUCAAGAUCAGGAUGAAAUAAAACAUGGUACAUACAUCCAUAUACACAGUUUCUGCUCCUUAUUUUCCCUCCGGUUCAGGGUGAAAAGAUGAGAGGGAAACUAAAAGAAAUGAUAUAUGUACAGUCCCCCCCCACACACACAAACACAAACAUACAUAAACACACACAAACAAACAAUACAAACAAAAUCAAAUAAACAAGCAAACAAACACAAACACAAACACACAAACGAUGCCGAACACAUUUUUCUUUAUAAUUCUAACCUUCGUAUCGUCGCCAGAUUGGAGUUUAUGUAUUUUUGUCUAACGUGAUCAUCAUACAUCAGAGACACGCCAGUCCUCAUCUUAACAACAAUACAUAGGUCGUGUAUCUAACAACUAUUACCAACCGCCUGCCUUUGUAUAUUAAGUUACUGUUCUCUUAUUUCUCAAGCCUCUCGUGGCUUUUCUACCCUUUCUUUUAGCAACAUACUGAACCCAGAUACUAACCUUGUGCAAAUAACAGCUUUGACCAACCACUUAUGUCUACAUCUUCUGCCCUCUUGUUUAUGUACCGUCUCGUGGUUAUAACAACACCUACGCCUACCUAUAGGGAUCAACCAAGGAAUCUAAGAGUGUUUAUUCUUUAGACUUCUUGGGAUCUACUCUCAUCGUUGUUUAUUUACCUUCUCGUGGCUUCAGCAACACAUACAGUAAAUCUAUGUAUACACUUAACAGUCUAACCAACCGCCUGCCUAUUGGGAUCAACCAAGGAAUCUAAGAGUGUAUAUUCUUUAGACUUCUUGGGAUCUACUCUCAUCGUUGUUUAUUUACCUUCUCGUGGCUUCAACAACACAUACACUCCAUCUGUGUAUACACUUAACAGUCUAACCAACCGCCUGCCUAUAAGGAUCAACCAAGGAAUCUAAGAGUGUAUAUUCUUUAGACUUCUUGGGAUCUACUCUCAUCGUUGUUUAUUUACCUUCUCGUGGCUUCAACAACACAUACACUCCAUCUGUGUAUACACUUAACAGUCUAACCAACCGCCUGCCUAUAGGGAUCAACCAAGGAAUCUAAGAGUGUAUAUUCUUUAGACUUCUUGGGAUCUACUCUCAUCGUUGUUUAUUUACCUUCUCGUGGCUUCAACAACACAUACACUCCAUCUGUGUAUACACUUAACAGUCUAACCAACCGCCUGCCUAUAGGGAUCAACCAAGGAAUCUAAGAGUGUAUAUUCUUUAGACUUCUUGGGAUCUACUCUCAUCGUUGUUUAUUUACCUUCUCGUAGCUUCAACAACACAUACACUCCAUCUGUGUAUACACUUAACAGUCUAACCAACCGCCUGCCUAUAGGGAUCUACAAAAAGUGUGCAUUCUGUAGACUCCUUAGAAUCUGCUGUUCUCUUGCUUAUGUGUCUUGCAACGGCCGCAAUUACAGUCUAGUCCACUGGUUUGCGUCCCUCUAUGCACCUGUGCUACCCGUAUGUGUCAGUCCUGAUGGCCCGGACUGCCUCCAGCUAUCUGUUAUACGGGUUACUAAUAAAAUCAAAAUUAAUGUUGA